ACCACUGGACCACCGGGCCUCAUAAAUCAUUUUCGUACAAAUUAAUCAAAUUAAUGGAAAUUGGAUCAUUUAUCCCUGCUGAUGUCUACACCAUGCGGGUCUGCCACAUCACACUUGUACAGACUUGGCAUGUGGAUAAUUUAUAUCCCCAACGGUGUGUGCAGCAGAAACAAGUUUCCCGCAGGAAGCUCACUGAUAUUAAUGACCUGAUUGAAAUUCAUUCACAUUUUAUUUCAUCUCUGCAUAGUUUCAGAAUGGUAGUGUACAGGGUGUGGUUGAUAUUCCAGAGUCUGCCAGUUGCUCAGUAUCUCCUGGCAACCCUAUCAACAUCCCUCUCAAGUUAAUCAUCAGACACAGUUAUUGAUCAUCCAUAACUGCCAUUGGCCAGGCCUGGAAUCAGACCAGAUAAGACAUUGACAUCAUAGGAGUGCUGAAACUGGAAAUGUCAGGAUGUUUGUGCAUUCCCAGCCGUGAACAGUAAGCGGGACGACAGGCAGACAGGACAACACGGACUUCGCUUCAAGUGGAUGUUCAAAUGCAGGGACAAGAGUGAUUAAACUGUGCCCGAAGACCAUUUUGUGGCUGAAACAGCAAAAGUCAUGCGUCUUGUCGCAGCCCUGAUCGCUUUUCUGACAUGCACGGUGCUGUCACAGGCUGAGCAUCGAGCCGGCUACUGUGCUUUCUAUGAAGAAUGUGGCAGAAACCCUUCACUAGAAGGCGCCCUCAUCCCUCCCAUUGUCCCGUGCCGAAAUUAUAGCCGAGCCCGGGAACUGACAGGAGAACACUACCGUAAACUCAAAGAGGUGUGUCCCAUGCUGGACAAGGGACUUGGCAGCACCUUUGCCUGUUGCUCCAUUAAGCAGCUGACAUCCUUGGAAAUGAGUUUGACUUUGUCGAAGGCCCUGCUGGUGCGCUGCCCUUCUUGUGCCGAAAACUUUGCCCACCUGCACUGCAUCAACACCUGCAGCCCAAACCAGAGCCAGACAGUCAAAGUCACAAAGGUCAUGAAUGUUACCCACCUGGGAAAGACCAGAGAGGUCGUGGUGGAGUACCAGGCAUAUCUCGCCACCAGCUUUGCAGACGGCGCCUUUCAGUCGUGUCAAAAUGUCCGGAUCCCCGCCACGGGAGGUUUUGCCAUCGCCACCAUGUGCGGCCGCUACGGUGCCAAGCUGUGCACCCCCCAGCGCUGGUACGACUUCCAGGGAGAUACGAGCAACGGUCUGGCUCCACUGGACAUUGAUUUCAGACUCAUAAAACCCGGAGAAGUAGAGGGAGUACCUGAGGGGGUGAUUCCCUACAAGGGGCGAGCUUUGAAGUGCAAUGAGACCACGCCUUCCGGCGGUCAGGUGUGCUCGUGUCAGGACUGCAAAGAAUCAUGCCCUGUCCUUCCACCUCCCCCGCUGCCACCAGGACCCUUCAGACUUUUGGGCACAGAUGGCUUCCUUGUCAUUUCUAUCAUCUUAUUCUGUCUCCUGAUCUUUUCCUUCCUCUUCUUCCUCUUGGUCUCUUGUUUGGUCAAGUCGCAGAAGAAGCAGGAUCAAGAGAAAAAGAAGAAGAAAGGCAAAGAUCAGAACUGUAACGAUGUCAGUCAGCGGGUCAUUCAUCCAGCAGAGGUGUCGUGCGCCGACAGGAACAGCAUGGCUGCUCAGGCCUUCCUUAGCUCCGUGUUUCAGAAAUGGGGAACAUUCAUGGCUACCUAUCCCCUCAUGGUGCUGCUGGUGUCGGCUGUGGUUGUCCUGGGGUUCGGCACCGGCCUCAUGUUCAUUGAGCUCACCACUGACCCAGUGGAGCUCUGGUCAGCUCCUAACAGCCGAGCUCGUCAGGAGAAGGAUUUUCAUGACAAACACUUUGGCCCUUUCUUCAGGACCAACCAGCUGAUUUUGACAGCACCAGGCAGGAAAGGUCACAUUUAUGACUCUUUGCUCUUUGGAACGCAGAACUUUAGCGGCCUUGUUUCCAAAGACCUCGUCAUUGAGAUGCUGCUUCUCCAGAAAAAAAUACAGAACAUUGAGUUCUGGUCAGAGGACCUAAAUCGCACAGCAAGUCUGAAGGAUGUGUGCUUUGCGCCCCUGAAUCCCAACAACUCCGCCCUGACCGACUGUGCGGUCAACAGUCUGCCGCAAUACUUCCAAAACAGCCUGGACAACAUCAAUGCCAAGGUGAACAUGACUGAAUUGGGGGUGACCAAAGAGGUGGAUUGGCGAGAUCACCUCAUCUACUGCCUCAAUUCGCCUCUGUCGUUCAAAGACAUCACUGAUUUAGGACUGAGCUGCAUGGCUGACUAUGGCGCUCCGGUCUUUCCCUUCCUGGCUGUCGGCGGCUACCGGGGUGACGAGUACACCAAUGCGGAGGCUUUCAUUUUGACCUUCUCCCUCAACAACUAUCCACGAACCAACGUCAAGUACAACGUGGCCUUGCAAUGGGAGAAAGAGUUUCUGAAAAUUGUCCAAGACUACCAGAGCAACCCCACCACCAACUUUACGUUUGCAUACAUGGCAGAGAGGUCACUGGAGGAUGAGAUCAAUCGGACUACAGCAGAGGACAUUCCCAUCUUCAUGAUCAGUUAUGCUGUAAUCUUUGUUUACAUCGCUGUCGCUCUGGGGGAGUAUUCUUCUUGGAGACGCAUACUGGUGGACUCAAAGUUUCUAGUGGGUCUCGGUGGGAUUUUGGUGGUUGCAUGCUCGGUGCUGGCAUCCAUGGGCUUCUACUCUUGGAUCGGCAUUCCCUCCUCGUUGGUCAUCCUGCAAGUGGUACCGUUCCUUGUGCUUGCUGUUGGAGCUGACAACAUCUUCAUUUUUGUUCUGGAGUACCAGCGAGAUGUGCGGAAGCCCGGAGAGGAAAGAGAGCAGCAGAUUGGCCGCGUGCUUGGAAACGUUGCUCCCAGCAUGCUCCUGUGCAGUCUCUCUGAGUCAGUCUGCUUCUUUUUAGGGGCCCUGUCGACCAUGCCCGCAGUGAAGACCUUCGCUUUGUACGCCGCUUUGGCUGUGCUUAUGGACUUUGUUCUCCAGAUGACAGCGUUUGUGGCACUGCUGUCGCUGGAUGCCCGCCGCCAAGACAACAACCGCUGUGAGCUGCUCUGCUGCGUCACCGUAGCCACCCAGAAAUCCAACCAGCCCAAUGAGGGCUUCCUGUUGCCCCUCAUGAGGAAGUACUACGCCCCCGUACUGCUGAACCGUUACAUGAGAUUCAUCGUGAUGUUGGUGUUCCUCUUCAUGUUCAGUGCUUCUCUGUACCUGAUGUUCAACGUAACAGUGGGUCUGGAUCAGGAGCUGGCUAUGCCCAAGGGCUCAUAUAUGCUUGAUUAUUUCCAGUAUUUAUACAAAUAUUUGGAAGUCGGAGUCCCGGUUUAUUUUGUAACAAAACGAGGCUUCAAUUUUACCACAGAAGAGGGCAUGAACGCCGUGUGUUCCAGUGUGGGCUGCGACCAGUUUUCAAUGAUCCAGAAGAUUCAAUAUGCCGCCAAUCACCCCGAACAGUCAUACAUUGGCAUCUCUGCCAACUCGUGGGUAGAUGAUUUCAUCGACUGGUUGAACCCGGGAUCCAGAUGUUGUCGACUUUAUAGCUUUGGUCCAAAUGCUGGAAACUUCUGUCCUGCAGACAAAUCUUCUUUCCUCUGUGGACGAAAGUGUAUGGCGAAGCCUUCAAAUGGCGUCCUGCGGCCCACCGAGGAACAGUUCAAUCGCUUUCUUCCUAACUUCUUGGGUAAUAGGCCUGACCUGCAGUGCCCCAAAGGAGGACUGGGAGCCUAUGAUACGGCUGUGGUGAAAGACGACAGCGGAGAAAUUAUUGGUGAGACAUUUCAAAAAUCAGAUAGCAGUCCACAACGUUUUCCCAAAGAGAUUCACCGCACACGUGACGCGGCUUUUCUCCCUAUGCGCGCAGCCUCUCGCUUCAUGGCUUACCACACACCUCUGACCAACUCUCAGGAGUUCACUGCGGCACUACUGAGGGCCAGAGAGCUGGCCUAUGACAUCACUCAGGGCAUGCUCAAGAUAAAUGGAACCUCUCCAGACUUUGAAGUCUUCCCUUACACGGUGACCAACGUUUUCUACGAGCAGUACCUGACGAUCGUACCAGAGGGCCUCUUCAACAUCUCACUGUGUCUGCUGCCAACAUUUGUUGUGUGCUGUCUGCUUCUGGGCCUGGACCUGCGCUCCGGUCUACUCAACCUCAUCACCAUCAUUAUGAUCACUGUGGACACUGUUGGGUUCAUGACACUCUGGGGAAUCCAUUACAAUGCCGUGGCCCUCAUUAACCUGGUUACAGCAGUGGGCAUUUCUGUGGAAUUUGUGUCCCACAUGACGAGAUCGUUUGCUCUCAGCAUAAAGCCCACACAUGUGGAGCGAGCCAAAGAGGCCACCGCCAACAUGGGCAGUGCAGUGUUCGCUGGUGUUGCGAUGACCAACCUGCCCGGCAUCCUUGUUUUGGCCUUUGCCAAAGCGCAGCUUAUCCAGAUCUUCUUCUUCCGCCUCAAUCUGGUCAUCACACUUCUGGGGAUGGCUCAUGGACUCAUCUUCCUCCCUGUGGUGCUUAGUUACUUUGGGCCCGGUGUGAAUAAAGCCAUGCUGGUGCAGAUGCAGCAAGCAGAGGCAAAGACCCGCCAGGAAUUGGAGCUGACAAACAACAUGAGACAAUUCUAUGAUAACAUGAGCUAUGAAGACGAUGAGGCAAAGGAGGAGCCACACGCCAAUGCUACAAAGGCUACUGUGUACGCCGAAGGCCCACCACCGAGUGUGAAACACAAACAGGAAGUGAAAAUUGACCAUUUUUGAGCUCCAAGAAUGAAACGGACUAUUAUCAAGCUCUGAUGAGUAAAUAAAUACCUCGAUAAUAAACACAACUGGAAAAGGACAAGUAAUAGCAAAAAGAGGAAGUGGGAGGGUGUAUUUCACUCCAUAGGAAAUCAUUAACCUGACUACCGGUACAUACCUCCAUUAUAAGUGAACAAGAAGGCCUGAACACAAUUACUCACAGUUGGAAUUGGACUACCUUCACACUAAUAUGACUAUUGUGAAGAGAUUUAGCACAUAUCUCCUCACUCGCACUACAGUGUUGUUCUGUCACUUUUUAAUGUACGCCAGGACAAGAAGUGGACAGAUGUUCUUGAAUUUUGCACUUUGUGGAAUGUAAUUAUUUUGUGUACUGUAUGUAGUGAUACUUAUUAGCACUGUUUGGAAUUAAUGAACACACUCCCAACAUUUUCUCAAAAUGCAGUUCAAAAACACAAGUUGGACUCUGCACUUUCGUGACUAUGCUGCAGGAGCUUUCUGAUGCAUUGUCAGACUUGAUUGUAUUUGUUUUGUGAGGCAGAAAAUAAAUAUACAGGGUGCUCAUGCAGUCUGGCUACCAGAUGACCCCCCCCACAUACUUCUUAAAACUAAACAAUUUGACUCAAUUGUAAUGUUGAU